UUUAACGUUUUAGUUGUCGUUUGAAUUUCCAGCGGUGCGGUUGUGUUUUAUUUUGAGAACCGGUUUGGCCAUACUAAAUUGAAUUGGAAACGUGACGUGCUGCGUCGUACGCAAACACAAUUUGAAACUGUUUACCCAUUUAAGUGAAUAAAGUUUUUGUCAAAUAUUAGCAUAGGCCAAGGGCUGUCGACACACGCGAGUGCAUAGAAAUCGCAUCAGCAUACAUACAUUUAAUUGCAACACAAAACCCACACACAAUAGAAUUGCGCAACAUGUUGCUCUGGCUGCUUAUCUUUGUGGCGCUGCUGUGCGGCUUUAUGUUCACCAAGACAACUAAGGGCAUACCCAAGUCCUGGUUCGAGUGGAAGACUGAGUUUCGCUAUCAGUAUGUAGGCAUUGUCGGACUCAUUCACGAUGCACAAUACGCCUCCAGGGAUCGUGUGGCACUUUACAAGCAACCGGAUCGUAUUGCUGUCAUCACGGGCGGCAAUCGCGGCAUUGGCCUGCGCAUUGUUGAGAAAUUGUUGGCAUGCGAUAUGACAGUUAUAAUGGGCGUACGAGAUCCGAGCAGUGCCGAAACCGCCGUUGGUGGCAUUGUCGAUCUCAGCCAGACGAAAGGCAAACUUAUUUGCGAACAGCUCGAUGUAGGGGAUAUGAAGUCGGUGCGAGCCUUUGCCCAGAAAAUUUCGCAGAAAUAUCCCAAAGUUGAUUUGCUGCUAAACAAUGCGGGCAUUAUGUUUGCGCCGUUCAAGCUGACUGCCGAUGACUACGAGUCGCACUUUGCCAUCAAUUACCUGGGCCACUUCAUGCUCACCCACCUGCUGCUGCCCAAGCUGCGAGCAGCGGGUCAGGCGGGCAGGAACGCGCGCAUUGUGAACGUCAGCUCUUGCGUGAAUCUCAUUGGCCGCAUCAACUACAAGGACCUCAAUGGACUCAAAAACUAUUAUCCCGGCACUGCAUACAGCCAGUCGAAGCUGGCGCAGAUUCUGUUCACGCGCCACCUGCAAACGGUGCUGGAUGCGGAAAAGGCUCAUGUGCAGGUGAACGUGGUGCAUCCGGGCAUUGUGGACACGGAUCUGUUUGAGCACUCGGCCACGACGGCAGUUCCAUUCUUCAAGAAGAUGUUCUUCAAGACGCCGGAGCGAGGCGCCCGCACCGUCGUCUUCGCUGCCAUAGAUCCAUCCAUCGAGGGCCAGGGAGGCACCUAUCUGAGCAACGGCGGCAAGGGACCCUUCCAUGCGGACGCCAAGCAGCCGGCCAAGUGCGAGAAGCUCUUCGAGCACUCCUGCUCACUGCUGAAGAUCAAGCAGUACGGCAACGGCGAAUACCCACUCUAAUAGACGCAGCUAAUUUUGAAAUUUUCUAACAUUCCCCAACUGGUGCAACGUAAUUUUCUUCUUAAUAUCGUCUUUUAUUAAAAUAACACAAUUUGUAUAGCUAAAAUGUUUUUGUUUUUGCGUGCCUUCACUUAAAGCCGGAUAAUGCCGGAUAAAUGUGGAUAACAAGUUAUAGCUCAAAAUGUAUUCGAAAUCAAUUACGAAUUGUUUCCAAAUAAAUAUGUCACGCUACUCAGAACAUUCGCUCCGCACUGAAAUCUAA